CCAUGUGAGUGAACCCACCCCUCUCUCUCUCUCUCUCCCUAUAUAUAUAAUGAGCUGAGAUAGAACAAUCAAACAACACACCAACACAAUGCUCUCCUCUUUGAAUCACCGCCAUUCCCUCAUCUUGCUUUCAGCGUUGCUCGUUUCGCUGCUGCCACUCCCGGCUGCAUCCGAGCUCGUUAACGCUACCCGAAGCAAAGAAUUACCCACUUCUUGCAAUCUCUUCCAUGGAAAAUGGGUCCCGGACCCUUCUUACCCGCUCUACCAAUCCUCCGGCUGCCCCUUCAUCGACCCCGAAUUCGACUGCAUUAAAUACGGCCGACCCGAUAAGCAGUUCCUCAAGUUCUCAUGGAAGCCCGACUCCUGCAACCUCCCUAGGUUUGAUGGGGUGGAUUUUCUCAAGAGAUGGAGUGGGAAGAAGAUCAUGUUUGUGGGAGACUCGCUGAGUUUGAAUCAGUGGCAGUCUCUGGCUUGUAUGAUCCAUGCUGCUUCUCCCAAUUCUAAAUACAACUACAUCAGACAGGGCACCCUCUCUUCUGUUACAUUCCAGGAUUAUGGAGUCACGAUACUGCUGUACCGAUCCCCAUAUUUAGUGGACAUAACGAGGGAGAAGAUAGGGAGAGUGCUGAAGCUGGACUCGAUUCAGCAAGGGAACGCGUGGAGAGGAAUGGAUAUGCUAGUGUUCAACACAUGGCAUUGGUGGACUCACAAAGGAAGCGCUCAAUCAUGGGACUACAUACAGUAUGGCUCCACCAUGUCAAAAGACAUGAACCGCCUCGAGGCCUUUUUCAAAGGGAUGACAACGUGGGGACGCUGGGUUGACCUCAACGUCGAUCCCACCAAGACCAGAGUGUUCUUCCAAGGGAUCUCUCCCACUCACUAUCAAGGUAGGGACUGGAUGGCGUCGUCAAAGACUUGCAACGGGGAGCAGCAGCCUCUGGAAGGGUCGACGUAUCCAGGGGGGACGCCAAAAGAGGUGGAGGUUGUUAAGAGCGUGUUGAGCAAGAUGCAGAAGCGCGUUUAUUUGUUAGACAUUACGUUUCUGUCUCAGUUGAGGAAGGAUGCUCAUCCAUCGGCUUAUAGUGGCGAUCAUGCAGGGGUCGAUUGCAGCCAUUGGUGCCUUCCCGGGUUGCCGGAUACAUGGAACCAGCUGCUCUAUGCAGCUCUGGUUAUGUGAUCUGCCCUUUCUUUGUCUGUGUAUAAUUAAUUGUCUUUUUUUUUUUUUUUUUUUUUUUAGUUUUAGGGUGACUAUAAACCAAUUGUGAUUAGUUUGAUUGAAGCACUAAGGGAGAAGAUCAUAUUCAAAUGUAAAAAUGUUCACUGAUUGAAUGAAAAGGAAAGUGUAGUUGUUGUUUUUUGGUUAAA